AUGAGUAGACCAAGAGCACGAAGAACACCUACGAUACAGGGUUCCGUAUGGAUUACAGCAAAUUCUGUAAAGUCGUCUUCUUCAGAAGCGAGUGAACCUAAGAAGAAGGAGAAAGACGUUGAAGAACUCAAGGACUCUAAAAAGCAGGAAGAGACGAGCACCGAAGAAGAAUCCGUCCGUGUUGAAACGGAGGAUCCGAUUACAAGCUCUCCGGAAGAUGAUGGCGAAGCAGAAGAAGAAAACGUUGAGGAGCCUGUGACAGAAACACAAACAGAAGAGGGUUAUGACAGCUAUGCUGCUUCCGAAGCAUCUGGCGAACACGUUGCAAGCACUCCACGCAGUUGGACACACCGCACACGUUCUAAGCGGAAAGCCUCGUACGUGGAUGAUGACGAGGAAGAAGAAGAGGAGGAAGAGCCUGAAGACGAAGAGGAGGACAUGGAUUUUGAAAGCGAAACUUUCGCACAGCCUAGCACGCCUAUUCACCGGAUGACGAAGCGUCAGCGUGCAAAGCAAGGCUUUUUAGAGGAAGGCGAGGAUGAGUUGCUUGAGCUGCCUUUAGAGACUUCCGGACGCAAGAAACUGACUCCUGAAGAGAUGGCGUUGCGUCGUAUUGAGAACGCACGCAAACGCAAGAACCAGAGCGAACAACGGUUAGAGGAAGAAAAGCAAGAAACUAUCAAUCGCUUGCUGAAGCGACAGGCUACUACUGGGCGUAAUGGCCGUUCUCGAAGACGCGGAACCUCUACUUCGAGCAGUAGUGAACAGUCUGAAGUCAAACACAAGGAGCGGACUUACAUGUAUCAACCAUUUGCUACGAUCAGCUGGCGAAGUACGAAAGAUGGAGAGUCUUUGGGCAUUCCUCAACCGCUGGUUCGGUUCUUUUAA